UCAGCAUCACAUGUAAUAGUUUUAGGUAGGUCAGCAGCAGCACGUCGUCGGUCGACCGAUAUCACAUAACUCGUGUUCGAAAAACAUUUACCGACGGUCUAAACGAAAAUCAGCGAGUGAACGCGCGGAGUAGCUAAUGAACGAAUGAAGCAAGAACAAUGGCCAACCUGACAGUCCCAAAACACAGCGUCUAACAGAGAGAGAGAGAGAGAGAGAGAGAGACUGUCAGCCAGCGAGGGAGGGCAGAAGGGAAGAGGCAGAGGUAGAUAAACAGCUGUCUGAUAAAGAUACAGACGAAAUAAAAACAAAUAGCAUAUAUUAGUCCGCUUAAACGGUGAACAGAGUAAACGGCGGAUAGUCACAUCUCGCGGCGUCUGGAAGCGAGUCGCGUAAAUGUACGAUGAGUAAAUAAAUAAAUAAGAGCGCGUGAGCGUCAUCUGCAGUGUGUAGCAUCUACAUCUACUUGCACCACCUGAAGACAACGACCGACACUGACUGCUGGGAAAUAAAGAAACGGGGGAAAACAGCGGAGAGGAAGGGACAAACGACGAACAAAACCAGCGAGGCUGUCAGCGUCCUUGUGAAGCAGAAGAAAUUGAGCAGCGGUUUCUUGUAUCUGAGGGAAGGAGGCAGAAGCGGGUAUCAGUGCUGCAGCGGCCGCCGCGAUGCUCUACACAUGUAGGCACGUUUGAAGCAGUUCAUCCCCGCCCUGUGUGGAUCUGACCGAACCGAACCGACUGUACGAGGACGGAUUUAACAGCGGGGCGCUGCGAAAAAGGACUUAAGGCUGGCGACUGGUAAUAUGACGAUAACCUUUAAUUAACAAGUGAUGCAUUUGAACCUGUGCGGAGGAGAUAAAUGACAGGAUUUUAAUCGCCCGUUUGUUUUUCAACAUGGAUUGAUUGGCCCACGAUCACAGGAUAGAGUGCUUAUUACACCCGCGUGUUAAUACGUUACAGAUUUAUACCUCUAGCCUAUAAAUAUUUAAAUAAAGACCAAAUUUAGGCCGAUGACUUUCUGAUGACGACAGUACGGCAGAGAUGUCUUUAUUGUAGAAAUGCAUGUUCGCCUCAGCAUCUCUCCAUAAAGAUAUAGGCAGUUACAUUCACCCUUUUGCUUGCCUCCGUGUCUAAUUUCGAUUAUUUUGAGAGGCUUUAAUGUAACACGAGCAAGAGACGCGUCAAAUUGAACACCGAUAGCUUUUAGUCCACCAUCCCUGUCUACAUUUCGACCAGGUUAACGUCAGCUAACUUGUGUCUUUAGUCGAAUCCUUGUUUUUUUUAUUUGACUUUUUCAAUCAAACAACAAUAUUUUGGGCCAAAAACAAGGCAUUGGGUGCCUGUUCUUGCUGUUAGCUGCCAUCCUAAAACAAUCUUCUGCCGAGCACCACCUUAGCAACGAUGGAGACCCCUACGAAGCUGCCUCCGUCGAGCCCUUCAUCGCCGACGACGGGCUUCUCUGUACCGAGCGCGGAGAAGGUGGACGGUUUCCCCCGCCGCUCGAUGCGCCGUGCUCGUCAGCGACGGUCCCACAGCUCCUCACAGUUCCGCUACCAAAGCUCCCAGGUGGAGCUCACGCCGCUGCCCUUACUGAAAGAUGCUCCAGUGGCUGAACUUCAUGACUUGUUCUGCAAGAAGCUGCAGCAGUGUUGUGUGCUGUUUGACUUUCUGGACUGUGUGGCCGACUUGAAGGGGAAAGAGAUCAAACGCGCCGCGCUGAACGAGCUUGUGGAGAGUGUGGCCACCAGUCGCGGAGUCCUCAUCGAGCCCCUGUACCCAGAGGCCAUUAAGAUGAUCUCAGUGAACAUUUUUCGAACUCUCCCACCCAGUGAGAACCCAGAGUUUGACCCAGAGGAGGAUGAACCCGCUCUCGAAGCCUCCUGGCCACAUUUACAGUUGGUCUAUGAGUUCUUUUUACGCUUUCUUGAGAGUCCAGAUUUCCAGCCUUCUCUUGCCAAGCGCUACGUGGACCAGAAAUUUGUUCUACAGCUGCUGGAGUUAUUUGACAGUGAGGACCCGAGAGAGAGGGAAUAUCUGAAGACGAUCCUUCACCGUGUCUAUGGCAAACUCCUGGGCCUCAGGGCCUACAUCCGCAAACAAAUCAACAACAUCUUCCUCAGGUUCAUCUAUGAAACUGAGCGUUUCAAUGGAGUUGCGGAACUUCUGGAAAUUUUGGGAAGUAUCAUAAACGGCUUUGCUCUGCCUCUGAAAUCAGAGCACAAGCAGUUCCUGGUGAGGGUCCUGAUCCCCCUGCACACUGCCAAGUCUCUCUCCAUUUUUCAUGCGCAGCUGGCUUACUGUGUGGUGCAAUUCAUGGAGAAGGACGCCACAGUUACAGAACACAUUAUCAGAGGGCUGCUGAGAUAUUGGCCUAAAACAUGCACUCAGAAAGAGGUGAUGUUCCUGGGAGAGAUCGAGGAGAUUCUGGACGUGAUUGAACCCUCUCAGUUUAUCCGUGUGCAGGAGCCUCUCUUCAAACAGAUCGCAGCCUGCAUCUCCAGCCCUCAUUUCCAGGUUGCAGAGCGGGCUCUGUAUUUCUGGAAUAAUGAGUAUAUUCUGAGUCUGAUUGAGGAGAACUGCCAGGUCAUCCUGCCUCUGGUGUUCGGGACGCUUUACAGAGUCUCCAAGGAGCACUGGAACCAGACGAUCAUCUCUCUCAUCUACAAUGUGUUGAAGACGUUCAUGGAGAUGAACAGCAAGCUCUUUGACGAUCUCACUGCCUCCUACAAAGUGGAGAAACAGAAGGAGCUGAAGAAAGAGCGGGAGCGAGUGGAGCUCUGGAGGAACCUUGAGGACCUGCGCGAGCGGCGGCUGCAGAGUCUGACUGAGGCCAGCAGAAACCAGAAGAACCUGCAGGAGCGAGAAAGCACCGCCAAGAGCCAGUCAGACACAAGCGCUGCCAACACCACCUAGAAAACACAGACACAAAAUCACACACUGAUCUGAACCAAUCAAUGCCUCAAUCGCUGUCUAAAACACACACUCACACACAUGCAGACACUACCGUCACAAGCACAUGAACGUCAGGCUGUCCAUAUGUAGAUAUCUGAAAAACACUGAAGCACACAUGAUCACACACAAACAAAAUGAGUGAGGUAUAAAGAGAAACAAACACAUGUCCUACUCUUUCAUACACGCUUCUGCAUCUUUUCUUUCUAUUCCAACACGUCAUGCAAAAGAAACACACCUGCAUGGGGCGAGACACACACACACACACACACACUUGAAAAAAUCCAAAACGUACAUCCUUCAUUACUGUCAUUCCAGAACUGGCUCUGUUUCGCUCGGGUUCAAUCCGAGACCCCCGUCAAUCGACCAACAGACUCUGCAUACUGUCAAACGCUGAAGAGGAAUGAAUAACGAUGAUGACGACUCUUUAAAACGUACAGAUUAUAAUGUUCCUACUUCUACAGCUUAUUCUAUGAGUACUUCUAUGCUAAUAUAACUGAUGUUUUAUAUAUAUAUAUAUCUAUAUAUAAAUAUGAUAUCUAUGUCUGAUUAUAGUGUUGGUGGGGGUAUUCUAGUGUAGCACCUCAUAAACAUGACUGAAGUAUGCUGCUAGGUAAAACUAAACUUGUUCUGAAGUGACAAAAACACUUUAGUCUGUUUUUACGUUUUUAUUUUUUUAAAUCAAAGCGUUUGAGUUAGCAAUAUUCUCGUUCCUUUCGAACAAUGUGUGUCCGGGUUAUUUAUUUUAUUAGUAUUUAUUUCAAUUCGAUUUGCUUGCAGACACUCUUUUGUUGCGUUUUACGUUACAAUUUUUAAGAGUCUUUUUGUUGUAUGUUGCUUUUAUUUAUUGGUGUUAAUGGGACGGAACUGUGUGUCGGCACAUUGAGAAAGCUUAGGAAGAGAUUGAUGCGUGCGUGUAUGUGUGUGUGUGUGUGUGUGUGGAUGUUGUAGAGAUGUUUAUUACGGUUUAGAAGAAAACAGGGAUUAGAUCAGAAUGUACAAUUCACUUUGAGUGUGCGUCGACGCUCAAAUGAACUGCCACUGUUGAUUAUUGAUUUACAGUAGUCUGUGUGUAUUGGGAAAAGAAUGAGAGAUGCAAACAAAAAGAGCGCAUCUGGAUCGACUCCCUUUGUUUGGCUCCUAAGAAAUCUGCAGAAACAUCACAUUUCAUAGAAACAAAAUGGAAAAGAAACAUUGAAAUAGUAUAGACACGGCAAUAAAUAUGGACUGAAAUUGUACGCAUACGUAGCAUCACUUAAACUAGAGUUGCACUGUCCUUUUGAUCAAUGUCUUGUGUUUAAACAUAGCAAUGUAUUUUUGGGGGACGAGCGGCUUUGGGAUAUGAAUGUACAAUAGUGGGAUGUAAACAUGACAAAUUGUGUUGAAUAACUCAGAAUCAA